AUGACUGUGAACAUGUGUUAUCGAGUCAUUCAAAGAAAAUACAAGGAACGUGUGUGUGAAAAUGAGAAACGAGAGAUUAUGCGAAAACAACGAUUGACGACCUUGUAUGAAAUUUUAGUGAGUGAGAGACAAUAUUGUGAAUAUUUGAAAGUCUUGUAUGAACAGUAUUAUUUGCCUUUGGAGAAGGGAGAUACUUCAUGUCAGUUGGAAAUUACACGAACGGUGAAAAAUGCAACAACCGUGACAACGAGUGUGACCAAUGGGGGAGUAUCCUCUUCUGGGUCUUUGACUUCCAACAGUAAUCAUGCAAGUGAUGUGGAUGAUUCCAAACAACAACAACAAGUGGAAACUGUUGAAAAAACCACCAAGCGAUCAAUCAUUGAUUUUAAAUCCAUUCAUACUCUCAAAGAUAGCUCCAUGAUUCUCAUUCCACCUGAGAUUGAAAAUAUUUACAAAUUGAAUCAGGAUUUUUUAAAGUGUUUAGAAAGUGAAAUUUUAGGAUGGCAUGCCAAAGAUCGAUUUUUAUAUAAUGUCUAUCGAUAUAGCAUGAAUAUGAUUGGAAGUUUAUUUAGAAAACCAAACACUGCAUCAAAUCCUUCUACUGGUACUGCUAUUAACAACAAUGGCAACAGUAAUGCUUCCCUUUCUGGUUUAGCAUCUUCUUCAUCGAGUGAUAACAUACCAUCUCCAACAAGUCGUCCAUUGCCAAUACCACCAGGUGUGAGGUCACCCGCCCGUCACGUCCGCACUGGAUCCUCCUCUGGUGACUUGUUGAAUGGUGGUUCCAUUGAAAAUUUCGGAUAUGAUUUGAAACAAGUGAGAGAAGACUGCAACAUUUCUGAAAAAUGUUUCAACAAAUUUAUGCCUGCGUUUAUGAUUUAUGCUUUUUAUAUUUCAAAAUUUAAUCAAUGUCGAAUGAAUGUCAAUGAAUUAUCAAAUCAGUAUCCAGAAUUUCAAACGAAUUUGAGAUUGGCAAAAACUCACUUGAAACCAGCAAAUUCACUCGACUUGGCAUCCCUUUCAGUCAUGAUUCCUCAGAGAUUACCUCGUUAUGUACUAUUGUUGAAGCAACUUGCGAAAUGUACCAAUUUAAAUGAACUACCACAUCAAUUCAAAGAAAUUGAACAAUGUGUGAAGGAAUUGGAAAAGAUUACGUUCAAAGUAAAUGCAUUUGUAAAGGAAUAUCAUUCUCGAAUGCUGGUAGUGAACUUACAAGAAGAGAUUAACAAGAAAGUACCACUCUUUAAACAAGAGCAACAGGAUGGAUUAAUUCCCUGUUUAGUUCAACCUUAUCGCAAAGUGAUUGGCUCUUUUAAAGUCACGCCGUUGGUUAUUAGCAGUGGAGGAAGCGGUAGUGACAACGAUGGAUCAGCGUCCCCAAUUAGCAACAGCGGUUUGUUGACUCCUCGAAGUGGUUCAUCCUCUGUGACAUCCAUUCCAUCGAUGGAAAUUCAUGUUUUGAAUGAUGUCUUGAUUGUGAUUGCUUCAAAAACAAAAACGAUUCUCAAGACAAAGAACGAAGUGGAUUCGAGUGCUGUUGGAACCUUUUUGAAAUUAUUAUCACCUAAAAGAAAGGACAGACAUCAAAUGCCUCCAGAUAUUGCGAGGAAUGAAACAGUAGAUAGUAGAAAUGUCUUUGAAAUUUACUAUUGUGAAAAUCACAAUGUUUCUCUUCAUACUUCACAGAAAGCAUCUACAACGAACGCAGCUGUUGCUACCACCAAUACUACUACUUUUAACACUAGGCCACAUAAUUCUACAUCGUCAGGACGUUCAUCGUCGGCAAGUGACAGCAGUGACAAUGGAGACACUAACCACAGUAACACCCUAAUUUUGGAGCUAAGCAAAUGUAAAUACUAUAGUUUUGUUAGUAAGAGUCAAACAAAGAAGGAAGAACAACAUUCAAGACAAUUAACAAAGAUUAUCCAUUUGGACAAGACUGAGGAAAUGACACAACUUUUUAUGCAGUGUUUUGAAAAAUUGGAACGACCAAAGACCGUUUUCACAUUGGCAGAGGACGAUGAAGGCGAGACUCUCAUUUCUAAUUCAAAAUUACUCACUCUGUUGACUCCAGAAAAUUUAGUGUUGACAGCCUUGAAUUCUAACAACAAGUAA